AUGGCGUCGGUGGAAGUUGAACGUGCCAAGUUGGAAUCUAGCAUACGUAAUUUAAAAUUGUCUGGUCAUGUUGGAUUCGACAGUCUUCCAGAUCAGUUGGUGAAUAAAUCUGUCCAAAAUGGAUUUGUAUUUAAUAUUCUCUGCAUUGGUGAAACUGGACUUGGAAAAUCCACUCUUAUGGAUUCCUUGUUUAAUACAAGCUUUGAAUCCACUCAGAGCCCACAUAAUCUUCCUUCUGUGAAGCUUAAAGCCCAUACUUAUGAACUACAAGAGAGUAAUGUGAGGCUAAAGCUUACCAUUGUUGAUACUGUUGGAUAUGGAGAUCAAAUUAAUAAGGAGGAUAGCUUUAAAGCUGUUGUUGAUUACAUAGAUGCACAAUUUGAGGCAUAUUUACAAGAAGAACUGAAGAUAAAGCGUUGUCUAGCAGCUUAUCAUGAUAGCCGUAUCCAUGUGUGCCUAUAUUUUAUUUGUCCAACUGGUCAUGGGUUGAAGUCAAUUGAUCUUGUAUGUAUGAAAAAGCUUGACACAAAAGUUAACAUAAUUCCAAUUAUUGCUAAGGCUGAUACAAUAUCAAAAACAGAGUUGCAAAAAUUCAAGAGUAAAAUUAUAUCUGAACUGCAAAAUAAUGGAGUUCAUAUUUAUCAAUUUCCCACUGAUGAUGAAAGUGUGGCAGAAGUAAAUACUAGUAUGAAUGCUCAUGUACCUUUUGCAGUUGUUGGUAGCACCGAUUUUGUUAAAGUUGGGAACAAAAUGAUGCGUUCUCGUCAAUAUCCAUGGGGAACAGUGCAAGUGGAAAAUGAAUCUCACUGCGAUUUCGUUAAAUUGCGCGAAAUGCUGAUCAGAACAAAUAUGGAGGAUAUGAGAGAAAAAACGCACUGUCGCCAUUAUGAACUUUAUCGUAAAAAGAGAUUGGAACAGAUGGGAUUUAGCGAUGUUGAUAGUGAAAACAAACCGGUUAGCUUCCAGCAAACCUGUGAAGCAAAGAGAUCAAUUCACUUGCAAGAGCUCCAACAAAAGGAAGAUGAAAUGCGACAAAUGUUCGUAGUACGGGUAAAAGAAAAAGAGGCUGAAUUAAAGGAAGCAGAAAAAGAGCUGCAUAAUAAGUUUGAUAAGCUGAAAAAGGAUCAUACGGAAGAGAAGAAGAAGUUGGAAGAAAGUAGAAAAAAACUCGAGGACGAUAUCCUAGAAUUUAAUAGACGGAAAACUCAGUUCGCUCAGCAACCCCAACACCAUACCUUGACACUUGGAAAGAGCAAGAAAAAAUAAGUGUCCAUUAUUGAACACUCUAACAAAUAAAUACUACGCCACAAUUUCUAACGUUAUAGAUACGAGUAUUAUUAUUUUAGUUAUUCGAAACAGGUCUACUGAAAUUAAAUCAUCCAAAGUGUCCAGGCGCUGCAGGAUUUGUAGUAUUCUCGUAUAAUAUCUGUAAUUAUAGGUUUUAUUUAUGUCAGACUGAUCAUUGCGACAAAAGUGAUAUUUACCAAA